GAGUGAUAGAUGUUAAUAUGUUAAGGAAAGCAACCAAGUUCACUUUUUUUUAGUAGUUGCUUUGCUUAGUGGAGGAGUCCUUUGGAUCAACCACAAAGAAAAUGCCAUGUUCCAAAGAAGAAGCUCUUGUUAGACUCUUCUACAAUGUCUCUAGCUCCUUCCACCUUCUCUUCCUCCUCCUCUUCUCUUCUUCCCUUUUGCUUAUCCACUUCUUGAACUUCAUUGCCAGCUUCACCAUCUUCCAAAGAGAUCACCACUAUGAAUAUGUGUCUUCAGAGUACGAUGAAGAAGAAGAAGAAGAAGAAGAAGAAAUUCAAGAAAGAUACUCUUAUGAGCAUGAUUCUGGUGAGUCAGAUCACCUGGUAGCUGACAUCAUUGCUGGUGGAGAAACCCUUUUGUUUGUGCACAACGACCUGCCUCUGAGGACUCAUUCCUCUUCUGAUGAAUUCACAAGCCCCCGUGAUAGCCUUGUUGAAGAAGAGUUAGAAGAAAACUAUUCAACAGAAACCUUGUUUUUUCACAAGUCACCUUUGGUCUCAGACAUAGAAAAUGUACAAGAGGUAGAAGAAUUUCCAGCUGAAGAUGCUGAUUCUGUUCCAAAUUCUGUCCCUGAUGAAAGCAGGCCCACAUCGCCCAUCACCCUGAACCUCUACAAAAGUGACUCACCAGACAGUGACAAAAACUGUGACGAAGAUCGUGUUGGAAUUGGACUUGUUGAAAAUAAGAAGCUGCAAGAGGAAAGCCUCGCACGAGAUGAGAGAUUCUUGGUCUAUGAUCCUACCCAAUUGGAGGCCAAGAAGCUCAUUGUUCAGGAAAAAGAUGAUGAAGAAAUAUAUGGUGACUCAUGCACUGUUGGAUCCACUUCUAAGAGUUCCUCUGAGUGGAGGAGCUCUAUUAACUGCAGAGAUUCUGGAACUGAUGACCCUUUUUCUUCCUCAUCAAGAAGAAGUUGUCCCAAGUGGGAAUCAUACACAGUUUUCCAAAAGUAUGAUGAAGAAAUGUCAUUCCAAGAUAGAAUUAGUGCACAGAAACUUCAAGAAAUUGAAUCUUUAAGGUCUAUCAAGGUAUCUCCCAGGUCAAUUUCAGAGCGCAUUGUGUUCAAGUUUUCAAGUAUGAACAAGAAACCAAAUGAUACACGUCGCAACCCAUAUCAUGAACUUGAGGCUGCAUAUGUUGCACAAAUUUGCUCAACAUGGGAAGCUCUUAAUUGGAACUACAAGAAUUUUCAAUCCAAGCGAGCUUCACGAGGCCAUGAUGUUGACGUGGGUUGUCCAGCCACCAUUGCACAGAGAUUACAACAAUUUCAAGUGUUGUUGCAGAGAUACAUAGAAAACGAGCCUUAUGAGCAUGGUAGAAGACCAGAGAUCUAUGCUAGAGUGAGGCAUUUAGCUCCAAAAUUGCUACUAGUACCAGAAUAUCGAGAAUCAGAAGAUGAUGAGAGAGAAGAAAAUGGUGUUCAGUCAAAAAUAUCAUCAGCUUCAUUUCUUACGAUAAUGGAAGAUGGGAUAAGAACGUUCAUGAGUUUUCUGAAGGCUGAUAAAGAGAAACCAAGUCAGAUAUUCGCAGCUUACUUUCGGAGAAACCGAAGACCCUUGGUUGAUCCAACACUUCUACGCCUCAUCAAGAAAGUUAAUCAAAAGAAGAAGAUGAAAGUGAAGGACCUUCGACGUUCAAGAAAAUGCUUGAGGAAGAGAAAGCUGAAGGGAGAAGAAGAGAUGGAGAUUUUGAUGGCACUGAUAGACCUGAAAGUGGUGUCAAGGGUUUUGAGAAUGAGUGAGUUAAGUGAGGAACAGUUGCAUUGGUGUGAAGAGAAGAUGAGGAAAGUAAGAGUGGUGGAAGGAAAACUACAAAGAGAUUCCUCUCCACUUUUUUUUCCUGCACAUUGACCCACAAAAAGGUUUAUGUAUAUUGCUUGGUGACUGGAUCAUGAAUGUGCAUGGCUGCACCAAAGGAAUAUCCAUAACACACCCUUUUGUUUUGUAAAUAAUAUAAUAUGUGUGUGUGGUUAAAGAGAAGGAGGGACCCUACAAAUCAAAGUGAAACAUGUGGGGUGGCAUGGAUUUUGGAGCCUGAAACUGAGAGGAAAAGAAGGGUUUAUGUGAUUUGAUGAAUGUUGAAAGUGAAAGAGCAGAGACAAAGCAAGGAAUGAAGAUAGAGACAAGAAUGAACAGCUUUAGUGUGCUUUAGCUUUUAACUUAGGGUUUAUCUAUAAGGGUCUUAAGCUGAAUCAAAAAGAAGAAUGAAGCACAUGUAGUUGAAUAAAAAGUAAAAGUAGUAUAUCAUAAGAUUAAGGAAUGGUAGGGUUAGGUGAUUCUUUUUUCUUCAAAAUAAUAUUACAGAAGGUAUGCCACUUAGUUCUGUCAAAGAGAAAAAGUUGGUAAUAAUAAAGGAAUAAAUCUUGCAUCAAAGUACGUAGCAUGUAGCAUGUAGGGUAUCAACUUACAUAUUAUCAUAAAAGUUUAUGUUGUAUAAUAUAUAUGUCAUAUA